AUGAAGGGGGUGGAUCUUGAGAGCGUUGAGAUCGACCCGAUGGAUCAAAAAUCAUUUGCAGCAAAUGCGAAAGACCGAGCAUCAAAACGUGUCACAGAUAAUGGAAGCAAGCAAGGCGGGUUGCUACCAAUAUUGAGCCGCAACUCUAGUAAGGCAAAAUCUACCCGAAAGAAGGCUCUCCCUGGUGGCGGGGAGCCUAAGAUUGGCCGAACAACCUCAAGUGCAGCCAAAGGGCUUAACAGCUUGCGGUUUCUUGAUAGAACGGUAACUGGAAAAGAAGGGGAUGCAUGGAGAGCAAUUGAUCGACGUUUCAAUCAGUUUUCGGUGGAUGGAAAGCUACCUAGAGAUAAAUUCGGAAUUUGUGUUGGGAUGGGAGAUAGCAUUGAGUUUGCGGGAGAAUUGUAUGAUGCCAUGGCUAGGCGUAGGAACAUUGACGCCGAAGGUGGGCUCACUAAAGAUCAAAUCAGGAGUUUUUGGGAAGAGAUGACAAAGAAAGACCUUGACGCUCGGCUUAGCAUCUUCUUUGACAUGUGUGACAAGAACGGAGAUGGGAUAUUAUCAGAAGAUGAGGUAAAAGAGGUACUUAUAAUGAGUGCUGCGGCAAACAAGCUUUCGAAUUUCAAGAACCAAGCCGGGACCUAUGCAGCUCUAAUCAUGGACGAGUUGGAUCCCGACCACCGUGGCUACAUAGAGAUGUGGCAACUUGAAAUCCUGCUUACGGGUAUGGUGUCAAAUGAAACAAACCCCCAAUUAACGAACAUCAAGAAGAAGAAUGAAGAAACCACAAUUCUAGUAAAAACGAUGAUCCCAUCAAAGUAUCGCAAUCCAAUUAGCAGACGCAUUAACGAAUGGACAGAAGCUGUAAUAGAUAACCGGAAAAGAAUAUUCGUAGUAAUUUUACUUCUCCUUCUUAACAUCGCGCUUUUUGCAUGGAAAUUCCAUCAGUAUAGCCUAUUGCCAACGUUCCAAGUCAUGGGUUAUUGCGUAUGUACAGCCAAGGCUGCGGGUGAAACCCUAAAGCUUAACAUGGCUCUAAUUCUCGUUCCAGUUUGCAGAAGAACACUCACUGCGUUACGUGAAACGUUUCUUGGCAAAAUUUUCCCUUUUGACGAUAACAUUAACUUCCACAAAGUCAUUGCGGUUUUCAUUGUAAUUGGCACUAUAGCUCAUACUGUUGCUCACUUGGGUUGCAAUUUUAUAAGGAUUACCACUUGCCCUGCGGACACUUUCCAGCGUGUUUAUGGUAAUUUGCUGGCAGCGCAGCCAACAUACGUGGACUUACUACUAACAGUCCCAGGAUGUACGGGGAUUGUAAUGGAUGUUAUGAUGUUCUUUUGCUUUCUCCUCGCCACACACGCUUUCAGGAGAAAUGUGAUCCAUUUGCCAUGGCCAUUUAACCACUUAGCAGGUUUUACUUCCUUUUGGUAUGCUCAUCAUCUUCUGGUUAUCGUAUACAUCUUGUUGAUCCUUCAUGGAUACUUCCUGGUCUUUGCCACAUUUUGGUAUAAUAAAACAACAUGGAUGUAUCUUGUGGUCCCGAUGCUAAUGUAUUCAACUGAGAGAGUCUUUACCGCCGGUGAUCAUCAACAUCGAGUCAAUAUCGUUAAGGCUAUCAUAUACACUGGAAACGUGCUAGCGCUCUACAUGAGUAGACCCCAUGGAUUCAAGUACAAGAGCGGGAUGUAUCUCUUUGUUAAAUGUCCGGAUAUAUCAGGCGUUGAAUGGCAUCCAUUCUCCAUUACUUCUGCACCUGGAGACGACUAUUUAAGUGUACAUAUCCGGACCUUAGGAGAUUGGACAACGGCCCUUAAAGAAGAAUUCGCGAAGGCCUGCGAGCCUCCACCACAAAAACCUCAAGUUGCUGCUUCUUCUUCAAGAGCUAUAAAAGGAAACCUUGUUCGAUUGGAAACUAAAGCGAAUGUAAAUAUUCCUAUAGAGGAAGCACAAGCAGUGUACCCUAAAAUUAUCAUCAAAGGGCCAUAUGGAGCGCCGGCUCAGGAUUAUAGAAAAUACGACAUCCUAUUACUAAUUGGCUUGGGUAUAGGAGCGACUCCAUUCAUAAGCAUUUUGAAAGAUCUCCUAAACCACCAAAGAGAAGCAGUAGGUUUUGAGGAGAAGGGCCCAGAUCGAGCAUACUUCUAUUGGGUGACGAGGGAGCAAGGCUCGUUCGAAUGGUUCAAAGGAGUUAUGGAUGAUAUUGCAGAGUACGAUAAAAAUCAUCUGAUCGAAAUGCAUACCUACUUAACCUGUGUUCAUGAAGAAGGAGAUGCACGAUCGGCGCUUAUUGCCAUGGUGCAGUCUUUGCAACAUGCCAAAAACGGAGUUGAUGUCGUCUCUCAAAGUCGUAUAAGAACACAUUUUUCAAGACCUAACUGGAAGAGAGUAUUCAACACUUUGGCAAGCAACCAUGAUUCUGCUAGAGUUGGUGUAUUCUAUUGUGGGGCCCCAACGCUUGUAAGACCACUGGAAAGUCUUGCCAAAGAACUUAGCAUAGAAACCUCAACUCGCUUCGAUUUCCACAAGGAGAACUUCUAA